UUCGAAGCUUCUUCGAGAGAUCUUCAAAGCCAAAAAUUAAUCAAAAUUAAUUUCAACAUGAGCCGAUUGGCAAUCGUUUUGUUCGCUCUCGUCUCGGUGGCUUUUACCGCCCCAGUCGACGAGAAGGAACUGAUCCGGAUCGUGAAACAGAGGGUGGCUGAACCAGCGCCAGAUGGUAGCUACAGCUACGAAUACGAGACGGCAAAUGGCAUUCAAGCUGCGGAACAAGCGCAGGUUAAUGUCCAGGGUGACGUUCUUCUCAAACAGGUCACCGGUUCUUUCACCUAUACUUCCCCCGAUGGCACACCGGUCCAUGUAACUUAUACUGCCGAUGCCAACGGAUUCCAUCCUGAGGGUGAACACUUACCAGUACCACCAGAAGUACCAACUCAUGUCCAGAGGGCUCUUGAAUACAUCGCUGCUCAUCCUCAAGAAAAUAAUACCGACAAUUAAUAACAUUGUCCAAUGGAUCUUUCUUCUUCUUCUUCUUCUUUUUCUUCUUCUUUUUCUUCUUCUUUUUCUUCUUCGUCGAAAGAAAUAGAAGAAUCUUUUUCUUCUUCUCUCACGUCUUCGUCUUCUUUUUCUCCUUCUUUUCUUCUGUUGUUCUUUCUCUACUCUUCCUUUUUAAUAUCUUUGCCCAACUCCUAUUCAACUUCUACGAGUACUUUACUACAAAGAACACAGGAUACCUUAUUUGGAACCUUCCUUAAAGAGAGUAGAAGAAUCAAUGUCUUCGAACUCGAUCCUUUUUACGUAGUAAUAACUAGCCAUUUAUUAUUGUAAACAAUCUCGAGAUGUAUCUACGUCGUGCCUAGGAAUAGGGCAAAGUAUGUUACUGUAAAUAAACUCGUUUUUGUACACGCA